ACUAAAAGACAAACACAAGCCGUUGUUACAGGAGUGUAUGAAGCACACGCUGCUGCUUUUCUGCUGUGCUGCUUUCAUUUGGGCUCAGUUUAUGAUUUGAGCUGAUUCAUUUUUUUAGCAUCUUGAGAUCUUCAGCUGAAGAAAGCAAAAGAAUGAAGAAAUCUGGAGCUGAUGAGCCUGAAAACCUUGAGCUCCAACUGACUGAUGGAGCCUCUAGACAGUCAGUGGUUGUUUCUCCAGUGUCUGUGGCUUCAGUAAAGGAUGUGGGCCGCUCAGUUGCUUUUUUAGCCUCCUAUGCAAGAGGCCGCUGGAAACAUGCUACCCGCAAGACUGUGAGGGAGAAACCCACAGAGGAACAUACCGGCAACAAGUAUAAAGGUCUGGCGACAGAUGAAGAUGCUGUUGACGGACAGAAGAAUGGGAAAAUGGAGAUGAAUAAAAGGCUUUUGGAUCACUUUCGGGUUCUGGCAGCCAGCAAUAAAGACAGCGAUGAGGUGGACCUGCAGUUUCUGAAUGAGGCGCUCACACAUGGAGCCGACCCAAACUCUGCAGAUAGAUACGGACAAACGGCCCUGCAUGAGAUUUCUCGAACGUGGAACGUAGACGUGAUGCGCUUUUUCCUGGAGCGAGGAGCAGAUUUUCAGAGGGCCGACGCUUUCGGAGUGACUCCUCUGCAUGUGGCUGCAGCUCUGGAUUAUGAGGAGAUGCUGCAGUUCCUCUUAGAAAGAGGAGCUGACAUUGAAGCUCGCACACACAAAGACAAGCAGACUCCACUGCACUUUGCUGCUAAGAAUGACGCCGUCAGCUCGGUGAGGAUGUUACUGCAGAACAGGGCCGACAUCACCGUUCGAGACUAUAAAGACAGAACACCUCUACAGCUGGCUGCCAACUUCGAUCGAAGCGAGACAGCACGUUUGCUGCUGGAGUUUGGAGCAGAUGCUGGAGUGCAGGACUCUGAUGGACAGCUCUGCAUCACUGCCAUGAUCACCAAAAUGACUCCUGUGGCUGAUCUGGCAAUGAAUCAGUUCCAUGUGAAAGACAGAAUGGCUCGUCAACAGUUCUACUACCUUCAUCUCAUGGAGCCCCAAACUGCUGACAAGACCAGCCCAAAAGGGUCUGAUCCAUCAUCGCCGCUGGAGUUUAUCGUCAAUCUGGGUAAACUGGAUCUCAUCAUGCACCCUGUAGUGCUCAAACUCAUCACUGUCAAGUGGAACCUGUAUGGCAGAAUGGGCGCCUGGAUACUCCUGCUUCUCAACUUUCUGUUUAUUGUCUCUUGGACAACAGUUGCCAUAUCUGUGUCUGUACGUCCAGAUGGAGAUCGCUACGAUCUUCCUGGAGACUGGUGGCGUGUGCUGCUGGUUGUUUUGGCACUUGUGUUGACGGUGACUGAGGUGUACAGGGAAGUGAUGGAGAUUGUGCGAUCUCGGAGAAAACUGAAGCAUUGGCAGCGCUGGACUGUGCAGAAAAUCAAUGAGGACCUCAGCUGCUCUCACCCCAUGUGGCCUGAGGAACGCAAUUACUUAGAAGGCCAAAUUAAAUAUAUUCGGAAUCUGAAAGGAACCUACGCUCAAGACCUCUGGAAUAUCUUUGAUUGGCUAGUGUAUUUGCUGUUGCUGGCGGUUCUGGGCAUCCACUUGGCUGACAUAUUCCUGGUGUCUGAUUUGCUUCGCCUGAACAGUCUUCGACUCUUCGCGGUGUCCAUUAUUUUCCUGUGGUUAAGGCUGAUGAAGCAUGUUCGAGCCUUUAGGGCGAUGGGUCCCUUCAUUGUGAUGCUGGGGAAGAUUGCAGGAGAUGUGCUGCGUUUCCUCUUUCUCUAUAUAGAGAUCUACGUUCCAUUUGCCUGCGCUUUCUGGAUCAUUUUUGGAGGUUUGGAAGAUGUCCCGAGCAUGGAGACGGUUCCCCGGCUGCUCUACAGCCUGUACCGCAUCACUCUGGUGGACGAUUAUGAGUUUGAUGAAAUGCUGGAGGUGGACACGGUGAUGGCGUACCUGCUCUGUGGAACAUUUCUGGCCCUGUCCGCUAUCCUCUGUGUUAACCUACUGAUCGCAUUGCUUUCUGACACCUUCCAGAGGGUCUAUGACAAUGCACUCGCCAAUGCGGUUAUGCAGCAAGCAGCCAUCAUCCUCCAAAUAGAGGAAUCCAUGCCGUGCUUGAAGCGUUGUUAUGAUAAAGAAUACAUCCACCGCAACUGCGCACCGCUUGGAGAGUUCUACGAUGAUGAUGUCACCAUUAACCCAGAGAAGCACGCUGAGAUGAAGAAGCUCACAGAACAGAUCAAGGAUACUUUAGAUAGACACCUGGACAUCCAAAGAGAGAUGAUCUCACCUCAGUUUGCAUUUGCUGGUGCCAGAGAUGUCACAAGAAAGAGAAAUGCCACACCACCAGAGAAAGAAGCACAUCUCAAAACUCUUUCCAGACUGGAGAAAGACCAGCAGAAGUACAGUCAAGACCUGAGCGAGCUGAAGGCUGAAGUCAAGGAGCUCCACAGUUUACUGCUCAAGCUGAUAGAGCCAAAGUUAACAUCACUUACUGAUGAUCAUGAUGAUGACAAGAAACUCUCAGUGAGAGCAUAACUUAAAGCGGAAACCUCUGAAAAUGAUUAGUAAACUAUAGAAAUCCAGCAAGAAUGCAUCGCUUGGAAUGGACUUUUAGUGCUGCAAAUCAUACAUGAUUUUGUGACAUACAAAUGUUGUAAUAUUUUUAAUAAUUCGUUUAUCAGUGGUGGCCAAAUUUAUUAGAACAUUAGUAUUUUUCCUGCUAAAAAUGGUUUUAAGUUAUUUCUAUAUUUUGCUGUAGUAUUUCCAAGUGUUAUUUUUGUUAUUGGAAUCAUUUGUAUUGUAUUACUUUAAGAAACCUGUCUGGAAAGAUACCUGAAGAAUUAUGAGCAAAUGUAGAUGGCACAAAAGCAGUUUUAAACCAAAGUGUGAUUACACCAAAAGUUAAGUGAUAAAUAAAUAUAUAUUUACAGCAUUAUUUUAGAGAAAUAAUGCUGCACAUCCUGAAGAUGUGGUCCUGGUAGCUCAGGGGUGUCCAAACUCGGUCAUGAAGGGUCGGUGUCCUGCAGAUUUUAGCUCCAACUUGCCUCAACACACCUGCAUGGAUGCAUCUAGAAAGCCAGUAAAGCUGCGGUCACACUUGACUUUUCCUCCCAUAGACUUCCAUUCAUAUGCACGCGAAUGCGUCAGACCGGAAACGCAAGGUCAUGGGUCAAGUUUCGCAUGUCGCUGCGGUGCAAAGUUCAAGCUUGGUGAACUCUAACCUGCUAAAUUGCAUCACUUGACUGCAUGAGACCAAUCGAGGAUCAAAACAGGACCUCGCUGGGCAAAAAUCUAAAACAUGGAGCAAUUGCUGCUUUUUUAAAUGUCUAAUAAGAUUGUUUAAUCCCGUCCCUUUUCGCAGCGCCACACGACGAUUUCGCACACACAAAGCCCGGUGUGACCGUAGCUUUAGAGCUUGAUUAGCUAGCCCAGGUGUUUUUGAUUGGGGAAAGUUUGCAGGACACUGGCGCUCCAGGAUCGACUUUGGACACCUCUGUGAUAGCUGGUUUAAACAAGCAAGCAAGGCUUGGAAUAUACGUUUAAGCAUCAAUUCACACAUGAUUUUGUGACAUAGGCCCUACAACUAUUAUAUUAUUUGUUUUCUGAUUAAUUUAUGCAUUGUUUCAAGUUACUUUCAUUGUUUUCUUCUGUGUAUUUUCCCCUAAUUAUUAACAUUCUGUUUAUUUAUAAUAGGACCUAAUUUUGAACUCAACAAACUACCAGUGUAAAGUUUGUUGGUUGGUUCGCACAUUUCGCAGAUCAUUAUUAUUAUCACUGUCAUAUUAUCAUUAUUAUUUAUUUUGUUUAAAGAUUUUUCUAACCCUCAUAUUCCAGGUUUUUACAUAGUUGUUUCUCUGUCAAAUAGUGUCCUAUCAUAACAAUAUAUAACAAUAAAUCUUUUCAUCAUUACUCCAGUCUUCGUAGUCACACAAUCCUUCCAAAAAUCAUUCCA